ACAGGAUUCCAUUGUCGUCAGUCGUCAGUAGUUAGUUUCGCAUGCGCUGUCCAAUUGUCACGUUCUGAUCUGUUAUGUUUUGAUCAUUCGCGUGUGGAGAAAUAGUCAUCUUACUGUUGCAUCAUAACUUUCAAAUUACAAGCGGACGAAAAUUAAAGGAGCAGUAUGUUGUUAGCAGCAAGAAUCUGCCGAGCCGGUAUUUCACCAGGCUUGGCGUCGCACGUCAGAACUCCGACUGUCACGAAGACACCGCAGUUGUCCAAGGGUCAAAUCGCGAGAUUGUUCAGCGAUGGACGUGGCUCUUACACGAGAACUGCGAAGAGGCAAGCCACCAUGAGGCAGCAAGCAAUGGCUCCAGCCGGUGAAACCGCGUUUAACAUUGGAAAAGGAGCCGUUGCUGGUGGAGCAGUAAUGGGAUUAGGUGCUCUUUGUUAUUAUGGAUUAGGUCUUUCUUCGCAAAUAGGCGCCAUAGAUCGUGCAGGCUUAUGGCCCCAGUAUGUGAGGGAUAGAAUAAAGUCCACUUACAUGUACUUUGGCACAUCCAUCGCAGCUAGUGCAGCAUCUGCGGCAUUAUGUCUGCGUUCUCCUGCCGUAAUGAACAUGGUGAUGCGUCAGGGAUGGAUUGCUCUGGGUGUCUCAUUGGCUGCUAUGAUUGGCAGCGGCAUGCUUGUGCAGGGCCUUCCUUACAAAGAAGGAUUCGGUGCUAAGCAAGUAGCUUGGCUAGUGCACACUGGCAUCGUGGGUGCAGUUUUGGCUCCACUGUCUCUCGUAGGUGGACUGUUGGUUGUUCGGGCAGCUUGGUAUACCGCCGGAAUCGUCGGUGGCUUGUCAGCAGUCGCCGUUUGCGCGCCCAGUGACAAGUUCCUGGCGAUGGGCGGUCCACUCGCUAUCGGUUUAGGUGUGGUGUUCGCCAGCUCGUUGGGCUCCAUGUUCCUUCCACCCACGAGCGUCCUCGGAUCAGGAUUGUACUCUGUGGCACUUUAUGGAGGCCUUCUGUUGUUUUCCGGAUUCCUACUUUACGAUACGCAGAGGAUCAUAAAACAUGCAGAGUCUCAUCCGAUGUACAACGCUUACAAUAUGCCAUACGAUCCGAUUAAUAAACAAGGAGCGAACAUGCGACUCAGGGAAUCCGUCUUGGUCUCCGUGCCGUUGCAUCCCGGUAGACUGAACAACAACCAGCUCCGCAGGCACGGCCCGAGCGGUCGGAACAUCGGUGCCGGUGGCGAGAUCGACGAUCGCAACGAAAACGCGACCCGGGAGUCAGCCGCGUCCGACUAUUCGCCCGACGACGAGUCGGCGGACUUCCGGCUGGCCGAGGACACCACCACGUGGUCCUCCCUAGCGAUCGCCCGCGACAACGUCCAGCAGAGCAACCCGCAGCCGCAGCAGCCUGUCAACGUCAACAACAAUCUCAUCGAGUCGAGGAUACGAAGAAACAGCUCCGUCGAGAGCCUCGCCGAUUACGAAGGCAUAACCGAAGAGCAAUCCGCCAACAUAAACAACAAUCUGACCGAGCCGAGGAUACAAAGGAACAGCUCCAUCGAGAGCCUCGCCGAUUACGAAGGCCGUAAUUCGCCGCAGGAGAACUCGUCGCGCGAACUCACGCCGUCCGACUGGUCCGACUGGUCCGAGGAAGGGAAUCUGCCGGCGGGCUGCCGCGGCAUCGUCAACCCGAACUACCCCGGCUUCCAGCAUCUAGCGCCGUCCUUGCUGUCGGACACCGACCUGACCGAGGACGAGCACGACAGUUGCUCCGAUUAUCCGCCGCUCUACGCGCAGCACCGGGAGGCGGCCCCGUUGCCGGAGAACGACAACGAAUAUAACAACAACGUCGACGACAGCAUCAAUCAUCUCUGCGGCCAGCGCAACGACCGCAAGAUCUUUUACGAGAAACCGAAGUUCAAUAUACAGACUGUGACUUCUAUGUACGAGGCGGUGGUGCCGCCUUCGGAAAAGUGUAUCAACUACGUGAACAGCGUGGAGGUGUCCAGGUCCGAAGAGAAGCUGUCCGAGGAGGUGAACAACAUCGUUGAGGCGGAGACGCACCUGACGGUGCUGGACGAACCGGAAGAGGGCCUCGCCGACCAGGUGAACGAGCGCGCGCCCGAACUGUCGCAGGCGACUCUCAAGGACAAUCGCGAAAGGGAGAUACCCGUCGAAGUCGAACUGGUGGAGCUGACCACCAGUGUAAACGAGAGCCUACAGUUCCCGGAAAUUGAGGAAAUCCUGGAUUCCGGAAAGACUAGCGAAAUCGGCGAGACGGAGGACGUCGCCGUGGAGCAAAUCGACCUGAUACGCGAGGCAAAGGAGUUGCCUCGUCCAGAUCGAUCCAAAAUAGGCAACCGCCAGCCGGCGACAGCAACGUCGGCGGACGGCACGGCCGACGACGACGAGUCGGAGAGCAACAGCGACUAUUCCGAGGGCUUCGCCGAGGAGCGACCGACCUACACGAAACUGGAGGAGAUCGAUCUGCUGUCGAGCAUCGGCCGUGACAUCGGCGUCGAUCUCGAAAAGUACGCACAGCCGGUGCCGGACGUGGUCGCAAUGGAGCCGAUCGAGAGCCUACGCCAGCAGCGCUCCACUUCGGUCAUCAAAGAUCGCAUGGAGGACACCAACAAGCUGGUGGACCGCGAACUUUCGGACGCUUCUAGCGCGGACGCGCGCAAGAAGGAGAAGAUGGCCAAAAACCAGGCCAAGCGCCGGCAGCAGCAACAGCAGCAACAAUCGCGGACCUCCAACUCUCAGCGACGUCACGAUAAGCGCAGAACUGAUAUCGAUAACGGAUCAGGUGGCUUCGACGUUUACAACAUCGAGACGGCAAUGCCAAAAAUCGACCUGGACGCAAUCGAGUCGCAUCUCAGAGCUGCCCGCGAGGAGGAACGUCGGGAUGACGACAAAGAAGUCACCGCGGAAAUGGAUAAGCCGCAGGAACCUAUUGUGGCAGCCGAGAAACCGAAAGAAACUAAGGAGAGCGAAAGGGAAGAUCUCAUCACGCGAUUCGAUAGGGUCAUACGAGGCGAACUUGAUAGCAAUUCGCAGCGACGAAACGAUCGCGAAGAAAUCAGAAGGAGGCUCGCGAUGGGGCCCGACGCUGAAGAUCUGCGCGCAGAACGUGGGCGAAAGCCGAGUCUUCAAUCCCGUCUUCAGAGCGGAAUGAAUCUCCAAAUUUGCUUCAUGAACGAGACAUCAUCAGACACCGAGUCUCCGGGAUCGGAGAAUGACGUGUCCCCAGGAUCCACGCCCACGUCCCUCGGUACGAAGCAACUUGGCGGAAAACAGCAGGCGCCGAUGAGGCCGCAGGUGCUGAGUCUUCCGUCUCUGAGACUCGAGGGCGCGAAUUCCACGCCGCCGGUCGACGAGGCGGACUUUUUCGCGCGGCAAGCCAGACUGCAGACCGAAGCGCGAAUGGCUCUGGCUCAGGCCAAGGAAAUGGCACACAUGCAAAUGGAAGUGGAGAGGCAGAGGCUGAAGCAAAGCCCCAUCACCGAGAUGGUGCGGUGCAGCUUGGAAAAAGUCGGUGUUCAACUGGGAGAAGACAGACGUAGAUUGUCCAGAGUGCUUCUCACAGAGCUGAAUGUUGCACAGUUGCAAGUAGUAGCGAACGACUUGCACGCAAGAAUCGCCGCCCUGAACGAGGCGCUCGUUGAAGGACUUUUGAGGAGAGACGAUUUGCACAUGGAGCAAGAUUCAAUGCUCGUCGACGUGGAGGAUCUCACUCGAUACUUAGGUGCCAAGCAAGAGACAUUGAAGAAGAAACAGCAAAGCAUGCAGCAGGCGGCAAAUCGAAACCAUCAGCAAUCAUCUCCAGCUCCGACGAAGUUGUCGAUGAAACCGAAACUGACGCACCUCAAUCGCGGUCUCGUCGCUCUUGUAAGGAAAUAAUCCUUCGCCACGAGACUACGCAGUCUCGUCGGAAAUUGAACUCCGAGCGGAGCGGAACACCACGGAUAAUUUUAGAAAUGUGAGAAAACAAGAAAAAAAAGGAGGAAGAAGAAACUUUCUUUGAAAAAAAAAGACGAGAAAAUCUUUUUGAGGAAAAAAAUGGAAGAGGAGAGAUGAAGAAACUUUCUUCGACAGUUGGAAAUCUUUAACAAGGAAAAAGGAUGAAGAAAGCUUCUUCGAGCGGAAAGACGAACGAUCUUUCAUUUGAUUUCAAGAAGGAUGAUGGAGGAAUCUUCCUUCGAAGAAAACACAGUCGGGAACGGAAGAAUGAUUGCGUUGGAGGCCGUGGUGUGAGUGCUCGAGAACUCUCUGAAAAACGUUGUAGCGAUCAGCUUUGACAACGGUGGAGUCGUUUCUCACCGUUUCUCCGAUAAAGGGAAAGCUAGAUCUCUUUCCCCUGUGGAAUUUCCAAGUGUUUUUACAGCUUCGUCGUUAACCACGUGGAAGUAGAGAUUUGCGUAUUGUACGUAUUACGUAAGCGAGCAAAGCAAACGACCCUUCGUUUAUAUCCCACAUGGAGAUUCCCCGACUCUUUUUAUCCUCUUUCUCGUCUAUACUCGCUCUGCCCCUAAAGCUCAGAUUAUGUCCCGCGACAUGCAUGCAUGUGUCCACGAGUGUAUCGAUUAUUCGCCUUUAAAUAAUAGCGUAUCGUUAGCGAGAAACGGAAACUCUUCUCUCUCUCCGUUGUACAUAUAGCGAAAAGAUUUAUAUCAGAUAUUAUUGCCGUAUCGAGAUUCCACAUGGUAUUUAAAGAGCGCUUCGUUCCGAUCGUUCGGUUUAAGUCGUUCACGCGUGCGUCGACGUGACCUUGUAAAAUCGUGUCAAUUUUAUUGUGUGUAGAAUUAUUCAAGAAUCCCCCCCCCCCCUCUUCGACAACAGGACUCGGAGAGAUCCUUACGGAUUCACGAUUUCAAUAGUUUCGCAAGUGUUCGGACGUGUAUAUUCUCGCUUCGGUAGAUCUCUAGAUCCGCCAAUGGAAAUCCGUCAGUUUUUGUUUCCGCAAAUUCGUGACGUAUAAAUCCCACAAGUCGUUCACCUGGCUCGGAUAUUAGUGAAGCGGUAAACCAGUCUUACCUAUCGCGCGAGCGACGAAGAAAGUCGGUGCACACUUUCUUGAAUAGCGCAACGCACGCGGGGGGAAAGGGGGAGAGGAAGGUGAAGCCUCAACGGAGGCGAGCAGUGCAAUGACCGUGGAGAACGAAGAACGCCGUAACAUAUCCAAAUAAGUGAUUUAGUAUGCAAAAAGCGAUUAGUCCAUAUAUAGAACAAGAUAUGAAGACUUAAUCGAAUAGGAAAUAUUUCAUGAGCGCGCCGCGCUCACGGAGUUUACUUAUUACAGCGUUAUACAGAGAGCAGCUUGGAAUUCGGAAGCAAAAUUAUUCACCGAUAUGGAUUAUUCGGUUCUUGCAUUGUGUUGUUUCGCAUGCCCGUUUCACGUGAUCUCAUUCACACGCAGAAUUUCAAAUGUAACCGAAAUAAAAUUUCAACGACUCUAAAGCUGUGGUUAUCUUGAUUUCUCAGAUCCCUGGCUUGUUCCCGAUUCAAAUAAAAAGACUGGCUCAAAAUAGACUUCUUAACGACUAUUCGUACGUUAAAUUGUACGCGCCAAAAUCGCAAUAGUCCCAAAAUGGGUUCUAAAUCUCUGAUCGAGAUUUUCAGACAAGUCUGAAAUAAUGAUUUUAAAAAAAUCUAUUACCAGUCGCGAGCGAAUCUGUGAUUCUUGCGUGUGUCAUGAGAAAACGAAAAUCUUUCUGCUAAAAAUUUUCGCAACAAAUAAAUUCAAAUAUAUUCAUUUCCCAAGAUUUUUUUUUUUCAUUUUCUUAAGA